UUUCAGUAAUCAUCCCUCGUUGACAUAUCCUUCUCCAAAAUGAAGAAAAUACCAUACCUAAGAUCAUCCCUUGGAGUGAUCCUAACUAUCAUACUUCUCUUCUCUAAACCCUCUCAUGGCCUGAUAGAUACCGAUAUUAAUCCACCAUUGAUCCCAAACCCUCGACUUCUGAAGGCCUAUAUAGCUCUCCAAGCUUGGAAACAUGCCAUGACCUCUGACCCCCAUCGCUUUACCUCAAAUUGGUAUGGCCCAAAAGUUUGCAACUACACCGGAGUCUACUGUGCACCAGCUCCGGAUGACCCUUACAUCACUACAGUGGCGGGCAUAGACUUAAACCAUGCCAACAUAGCUGGUACUUUACCUGAAGAUCUUGGUCUCCUCACUGACCUUGCUCUCUUCCACAUAAAUUCCAAUCGCUUUUGUGGCCAGGUACCUGAAAGCUUUCGCAACCUCAACUUUCUUCACGAGCUUGAUAUUAGUAAUAACCGAUUCAGUGGAAGGUUCCCUUAUGUUGUUCUUUAUUUACCUUCACUCAAAUUUCUUGACAUCAGAUAUAAUCAGUUCAGUGGCACAAUCCCCUCACAGUUGUUUGAUCUGAAACUAGAUGCCUUGUUCGUUAACAACAACAAGUUUCAAUCAUCCUUACCCAAAAACUUUGGUAACUCUCCUGUAUCAGUUAUUGUCAUGGCAAAUAGUGGCCUCACAGGCUGCUUUCCUUCAUCAAGUUUGGCACAGAUGGCAGGAACUCUCCAGGAAAUCAUUUUGAUGAACAAUGGCUUUACAGGGUGUUUGAAACCAGAAAUUGGUAACCUAAAGGGAGUGACAGUCUUUGAUGUUAGCUCUAACAAGCUUGUUGGGCCUUUGCCAGAUGCUAUUGGGCAAAUGAAGAGCUUGGAGCAGCUCAAUGUCGCAAACAAUAAACUAUCUGGUUAUAUUCCAGAGAGCAUAUGUUCAUUGCCUAAGCUGGAGAAUUUCACCUACUCCAAUAAUUUCUUCGCUUCCGAACCUCCAAAAUGCCUCAAGUUGCCUGACAAAGAUGACAGAAAGAAUUGCAUUCCCUAUAGGCCAUUGCAGAGAUCACCAAUGGAAUGCAAGUCUUUCUAUGCACAUCCAGUCGAUUGUAGUAUCUCUGGCUGCUCACCUAGAAGUCCACCACCUCCACCUCCGCCUCCACCAGUGCAUCAUUGGCCAUGACCAA